UUCGUUCCACUAUGGCACUGUUCAACCAAACUAUUCAUAACCAUCAGACCUUUACCCUGAUUGGGAUUCCAGGAAUGCCAGAGAAAGAUUUCUGGAUGGCCUUGCCCCUCUGCCUUCUUUACAGUACCACAUUCCUAGGUAAUUUCAUUAUCCUUGUUGUCAUAAAGGUUGAGCGAAGUCUCCAUGAACCCAUGUAUUAUUUUCUGGCUAUGCUAGCUGCCACUGACCUUAGCCUUUCAUUAUCUUCCAUGCCCACCAUGAUAAGUGUUCACUUGUUUGACUGGCGCUCAGUAACCCUUGAUGUCUGCAUCACUCAGAUGUUCUUUAUCCACAACUUUGGAGGAGUGGAAUCAGGUGUUCUGGUCGCCAUGGCCUUUGAUCGCUUUGUGGCUAUUCGCUUCCCUUUGCGCUAUGCCACCAUUCUCACUCAUGGAGUCAUCAUCAAAAUUGGAGCAGCAGUCCUGCUACGGAGUGUGAGUGUAGUGCUCCCUGUGCCUUUCCUCAUCAAAAGGCUACCUUUCUGCCGCUCCAAUGUCCUUUCCCACGCAUACUGCCUCCAUCAGGAUGCCAUGAGGCUUGCCUGUGCUGACACCCGUGUCAAUAGCAUCUACGGUCUGCUGGCUGUGAUCUUCACCAUUGUACUAGAUGCUUUGAUCCUUUUGAUUUCUUACUUUCUAAUCCUCCAGGAAGUACUGGGCAUUGCUUCCAGAGAAGAGAGACUUAAGGCUCUUAAUACCUGCUUCUCUCAUAUCUGUGCAGUACUGCUCUUCUAUGUGCCUCUCAUUGGCAUGACUCUGAUUCACCGCUUUGGGAAGCAUUUGUCACCAAUAAUACACACACUUAUGGCCAAUAUCUACCUGCUGCUCCCUCCUCUGCUCAAUCCUGUUGUGUACAGUGUUAGGACCAAGCAGAUCCGGCAGCGGAUUGUCCGAGCAUUCUGUGGGAACAGGAUUGGCCAUUAA